GGAGAUUUAAACGCUCUGGAACGAAUUGCGUAUGAAUUUUGUGAGGACAAAGUGCGAGAAGGAGUUCUCUACGUUGAAGUGCGCUAUUCUCCCCGUAUGCUGUUGGGAAAGAAAUUACCGGUUCCACGAGCUCGAGCCAUUCAAGAUCUCGCCGAGGUGGUGAUGGCCAUAAAUCGAGGCUUCAGAGUGGGCGAGCGCGAAUUUGGCAUCGUCGUUCGAACGAUCCUCACUCUAGUCGCUGGAAAGAAUGGCUGCAGC